AUGAGCAGUACACGCUUUUUCAUCGGCGCUCUGCUCGUACUUCAUGCUGCUGUGGCAUCUCAAUCCGAAAACCACUAUAGGUGCAACGGGCAUGCUGCACUUUCUCGGCGCUUGGUUCGCGAGAUACGGAGAUACAAACCGAUCGUACAAAAGAUCAUCGAUACGGUCGUGCACGGAGCCGAGCAGAAUGUGACGUACGAUGAACUGGCCAGCUUCGUGGACAAAUUUGGCGCUAGGCCAUCCGGCAGCAAAAGUCUGGAAGACUCCAUCGACUACAUGGUGAACAUUCUGCGCCGGCAUAGACUCGACUCUGUACAUACCGAGGGUGCAAGGAUUGAAAAUUGGCGGAGAGGGCACGAAGCAGCGUGGAUUGUGAAGCCCAGGAAGAAGAAAAUGAAUAUUCUUGGAUUGGGAAACAGCGUGGCCACGCCAACAGGGGGGAUCACAGGACCCGUGCUGGUAGUUAAGUCAUUUGAAGAACUUCGCAAAAAUGCAAAGAAGGCAAAAGGCAAAAUCGUCGUGUUUAACCAGGAAUACGUGUCGUACCAUGCUACGGUGAACUACCGCGUGCAUGGGGCUACUGAAGCGGCGAAGGCAGGUGCCGUGGCCGCGCUCGUGCGCUCGGUGACGCCCUUCUCGAUCAACAGCCCACACACGGGUUACAUGGAGUACAGCAGAAAAACCCCAAGGAUACCGACUGCAUCCAUCACGGUCGAGGACGCCGAACUUCUUGCUCGACUGCAAGAUCGAGGGAUACAGCCAGUCAUUAAACUUGUAAUGGGAGCGAAGACGUUGCCGCCUGGGCUUUCUCGGAACACAAUUGCGGAAAUUCGCGGCAGAACCAAACCAAAAGAGGUGGUUUCCGUGUCCGGCCAUCUGGACUCCUGGGACGUGGGUCAGGGUGCCAUGGACGAUGGUGCGGGAGCCUUCAUCUCCUGGAGGGCUCUUGCCGUACUUCGGCGUCUGGGCCUUAGGCCUCGGCGCACCCUACGCUGUAUCCUCUUUACUGGAGAGGAGCAAGGCAUCACAGGUGCAACGGAGUACUUCCAGCGACACUUCGCGCGUGAGCGACACCUCCUUAACGCCGUCAUGGAAUCCGACAGCGGAACGUUCCGCCCGUUGGGCCUUGCCUUCUCUGGUUCUAACAAGCGUGCUCGCUGCAUUGUGGCUGAAGUGCUCCGCCUGUUUGCUUCCAUUAACGCUACACUACUCACACUCGGCGUUUCGGAGCCUGAUCUUUUACCCUGGAUUCAACAAGGCGUUCCGGCCCUGUCCUUGAACGCUGCAGACGAGAGGUACUUCUACUUCCACCACACCGAGGCGGACACCAUGAGCGUGUUGGACCGCCAUGAGCUUGACCUCUGCACGGCCCUGUGGGCGGCUGCUUCGUAUAUUUUUGCUGACCUCUCCAUUCGCCUUCCUCGAUGAAAAAAAUUUCGUAAAGACCUCGUUCGUACAACACUCGAACGUGUUUUGCGCUUAUAAUGAUUGAAGUGGUCAGUUCGCUCAUCUCGUCGAACAAUGCCUUCUGAUACUUCACAUUCUCGAUCUGCUCACCCGCAGAUUCCUAU